UAUUCCUGAGUAAAUAUGUUCCUUGAUUCAACUGUAUUGUUUGUAUUUUUAUUUUGUAUUCAAUUUAAGUUAAAUAAUUUUAAAAUCUAAAAAUAAAAUGAAUAAACUAUGUAGAAUAUGUUUAGAGGAAGGAAUGUUAACGUCAAUAUUUACCAAAAGUUACAAUUUGGGCCUGUGGGAAAUGAUAGAAUACUGCAGCAAUGUUAAGAUAAACAAAAAUGAUGGCUUACCAGAACAAAUAUGCAGCAAUUGUAUAUACAAAUUGGGGAUAUCAUACCACUUCAAACAAUCAUGUGAAAGUUCAGAUGUUCGUCUGCGACAGUAUCUAGGACUCAGCAUUCCAAGCAAAGUUAAUCAUGUUAUGGUCAUGACUGAUCCUAUAGUCAUGCCGGUUAUGACACAACCCAGAUUAGUAAAAAAUUGUAAAAAAUGUCAACCGGUUCCCAAAAAAAGUUCUUCCAGUUACAAAAAGAAACCCGAAUCAGAGAAAUUAAAGAGGGGCCCAAAGCCAAAACCCAAGAAAGACUAUAUCUGUAAUGAAUGCACUAAGGAAUUUCGUUGCCAAGCACAGUUAGAAAUGCAUGUAAGAACCCAUACUGGAGAUAAGCCGUUUGUAUGUGAAUAUUGUCCACGACGAUUUUCUCAAAAGCACAACCUGACGAUACAUCUGAGAGUGCACACUGGUGAAAAGCCCUUCCAAUGUGACUUUUGUAGUAAAAGAUUUUCAGCUCAAGGAAAUUUACAAGCUCAUGUAAAAAUUCAUACUGGACAAAAAGAUCAUGUCUGUUCAUUAUGUAGCAAAUCCUUCAUUACAUCCAGUGAAUUAACAAGGCAUAUACAGAAGCACAGAGGAGUGAGGAGUUAUAAAUGUGACAUUUGCCCAUCCGCAUACAUUCACCAAAGAGAUCUUAAAUUACACAAAAUAAGGAAACAUCAAAAUUCUGAUACUUCUGAAGUGCAGAAAAAAUUUAAUGCCAACAAAAACAUAGACAUAAUUAAUAUAGAAGAAAGCAAAAAUGUUACUGUACCACCAAAAGACCAUAAUUAUACUAGCAAUAAAAGUGCACAAGAAGAAAAUCUUUUAAUGGGAAAUCAUACAAUUUUCAAUCCUGAAUCAAAUAAAAUGAAUGAACCAUAUGUUUGUUCAAAUUGUGGUGAAAUAUUUCACUGUACGAGUGCAUUGGCACAACACUACUUAGUUCACCAUAAAGUUUAAGAUGCCUUUCAACAUAAUGAGAUAUUGUCAUAGUGAUGAGAUAACAUAGUGAGACAUAAUGAGACAGAUAUUGUCAUAGUGAUGUCUAGUACCUUAAAGGCAAAUAAUAUUGCCUCAGUUCAUUCACUCCCUUAAAGGAAUUUUGAAAAGAAAUUAGUCAAAACACUAUUUUUGAUUAAAAAAAAAAUUGUAAUAUAGGAAAUGUCAGUCGGGGUCGCAGAGUUCAAUAUUCAACUUUAAUUAUAAUUGAUUAACAUGAGAAUCGUUCCCCAGAUUUAUACUAAUACUCUUUAAUAAAGACUGAAAGCUGUAAAUAAAUACUUUUAAAUCCAUCAGUUAAAAUUAGAUUAUUUUUUAGGAAGAAUGUAAUAAUUGAUAGUGAGAAUAGUAAAAUAUUUAUGUUCAAGAAAA